GCCCUAAGUUGUCGUCUAUCGACCGAUGUGCGGAACUAUCUAACCAGCGCCCGUCUGACAUGGCGCCCAUGUAACUGAAAUCCAAAAUUGGCCCGUGUUUGCAAUUGAAGAAAUAACAGAUAUUAAGUUUUAACAGUGAUAAUGGCGAUGUCAAAUCUUUACUCGAAAAUAUCAACGAAACCAAUGAAACGCUUCCAGGAGAACGUCGCAGUCAAGCAGACUAAUCCAUGGUUAAACGCGGAAUCACCAAUCACUGUAUCAGAUUCACCACCAACGAUAAGCCCACUUUCUUCUUCAAUUGUACUACAACGCGAAGGAACAAUAAACCAGCCCCUUAGUGCACCUGCAUCACCUUUGUCUUCCUUGUCACCUCCCAUAACUCAGUUAAACUUAUCAUCACCAGAAGACUGUACACAAGAUCUUAAUUGGCAAGCAACAAAAUCCACAGUACGCGAACGGAAUGCUGCCAUGUUUAAUAAUCAUCUAAUGGCUGAUAUUAUAUUUAUUGUCGGCAGUCCAGGUCACACACAGACUAUACCAGCACACAAAUACGUUCUAGCUACUGGUAGUUCUGUAUUUUAUGCUAUGUUUUAUGGUGGAUUAGCAGAAAAUAAGAGAGACAUAGAAGUUCCAGACGUAGAGCCAGCUGCCUUUCUUGCUCUAUUAAAAUACAUGUAUUGUGAUGAAGUACAAUUAGAAGCUGAUACAGUUUUAGCAACGCUUUAUGUUGCUAAAAAAUACAUAGUCCCUCAUCUAGCAAGAGCAUGUGUUAAUUAUUUGGAAACAAGUUUAACAGCAAAGAAUGCGUGUUUAUUGUUGAGCCAGUCUCGAUUAUUCGAAGAACCAGAUCUUAUGCAGCGUUGCUGGGAAGUAAUAGAUGCUCAAGCAGAAAUGGCACUAAGGUCAGAUGGCUUUGUGGAUAUUGAUAUUCAUACUCUUGAAUCAGUACUUUCCCGUGAAACAUUAAACUGUAAAGAAAUACACAUAUGGGAUGCUGCAUUACGAUGGGCUACCGCUGAAUGCAUCAGGCAAGACCUUGAGCCAUCUUCAGCAAAUCAAAGACGGUUAUUGGGAUCUGCUUUGUAUUUAAUUAGACUUCCUGCCAUGAAUUUAGAAGAAUUUGCCAAUAGUGCUGCACAAACUGGGAUUUUAACGCAACAAGAAACGAUCGAUGUCUUUCUUCAUUUCACCGCUAGUAAUAAACCUCAACUUUGCUUUCCUAUUAAAUCUCGGCAAGGCUUAAAAACUCAGGUGUGUCAUAGGUUUCAGUCGUGCGCAUAUAGAUCAAAUCAGUGGCGGUAUAGAGGCAGGUGUGAUUCAAUUCAAUUUAGCGUCGACAAAAGGAUUUUUGUUGUUGGUUUUGGACUUUACGGAAGCUCGUCUGGUGCUGCAGAUUAUAAUGUUAGAAUUGAACUAAAAAGAUUGGGGUGUGUUUUAUCGGAAAAUAGCACGAAAUUUUUCUCAGAUGGUUCAAGUAGUACAUUUCACGUGUACUUUGAAAAUCCAAUUCAAAUUGAACCAGAAUGCUUUUAUACAGCGAGUGUAAUAUUAGACGGGGGCGAGUUAAGUUACUUUGGUCAAGAAGGCAUGUCAGAAAUAACGGUUGGUAAUGUUAAUUUUCAAUUUCAAUGCAGUUCUGAAAGUACGAAUGGCACGGGUGUGCAAGGGGGACAAAUACCCGAAUUAAUUUUCUACGGACCGCCAGUAGAUGACUGACGGAAGUUUACCGCAGAGAUAAUGGUUUAACCAAUAAUUUCUAAAAAGAUGUACCUUGAAAUUAUUUGAGGUUUUAUACAAUUGUUGUUUUAAGCAGUAUUGUAGAAUUGGUAACAAAAGUUGUAUAAUAGGUGCACUCUAAAAAUUUGUUGUUUAAGUUUUAAAUUUUGCAUAGUAUUAUAACACGUGUACAAAAAAUAAUACUAAUGACUUUUUUAAAUUUAAUAAUCUUAUUGAUUUCUAUUUUUAUUGGUGGUUUAACUCACUUCAUACAUGUAAAUUAUACGAAAAGAAUAACAAGAAGAUUGUUUUUAUAUUUAAUUCUCGAUAUAAGAAAAAGAUAAUGGUGCAAUUGAUUUACUUUAAUUCACAGGAUAAUACUAAAUUUUCAGCUUUAAUACUUAAAUAAAUAUUUCCAUAUGCAAAUAAAUUUUUUUGAUACAAAAUUUUGCGGUUGUGUAAAUACACAAAAUAAUAGUUGUUUCUUACAUUAUUAUAUUUUAAGACACAAUCAUAUGUCAACUAUAAAUUUCAUAGUGAUGAUUAUCAUAUAUUUAUAAACAAUCCACUGUUAUUAAUAUCGUUUUCUGUAAUUUAAUUUAAACUGAAACUUAUGUGAUUAAGUAAUAGUCUCCAAAUAGAGUGCAUCUAUAAUAUCAUCUUCAGUACAUUCAAAACUUUAUUUAAUUUUGUUUGAAUCAUAACUAGUUUUCUUACAUAACUCGGAUAUUUGAAUAAUCAUUUGUAAAUGUUGGAUAUUUAUAUUCAAAUAAAUAAAUAGACAAUAGAGUAAUUUUCCACUGCGUAUUUAUUAUGAAUAAAACAAAACAAGAUAAGUAUAAGUGUAGGUACAAAGUUGUGUGGUUGCGAGUGACACUGUCAGCUAAUUGAUUUGAAUAUAAAUAUCCAAUAGUAAAUAUGCAAGAAACAGAGUAUAUAGAAACAUCUGUUAAUCAACUUUAAGAAGACAGAAAUGUAAAAAUGUUCUUUAAAUUUGAAGAAAAUAAUUGAGAAAGUUAAUAAGUGCUAUUCGAAAUACUACUGUCUUUAAAAUUACUGUUAAAUAGUAGUAUAAAGAUAAGUAAAGAUCGAUUAAUUUUAACGAAUACCUUAUCACAACUUAUUCGUUCUCAAUUACCAAAUAUUAAUAAAUUUCUUUUCAGAUAAUAUUAUGAAUUCAAGACUCUGUUUGUUCAAUUUAUAUUUUUAAAAAGACUUAAGUGAACAAUGUAUAUUGUUGUUAUUUUAUCAAGUAGGAUUUACUGUUUUUACUAACACAAAUAAUACUGCUUUGAUGCCAUAGUUAAACAUCAUAUGUGGUUAUUAUUCAGGAUAUUAUGAUUGAAACUGCCUACUUAAAACGAAAUUCGUUUGUUACAUUCACAUUUUUAUUUUUUGAAUUAUUUCAAUGUGAAACUGUUAUAAGAGAGGUAUAUUUUAGAUUUUUUUUUUAUUUUAAGUAUGAACAUCGACAUUUUUAAUUUCGUACGAUAUGUAAUAAUAUUAUAUAUUACAUUAUAUUAUAUAUUGCAGAAUACAAUACUAAAUUAGCAAAACCGGAAAAAUGUUAAACUUUUAAACGUAAAUUUUUAGAUAAAAUAGAAUUUUUUAUACAUGAUAAAUAUCACAACAAUCCUUGGUAUGAAUAUUCUAUGAUAUUUCUAUUGUAUUUAUAUGAUUUUAUAGUUUAUAGUCCAUGUAAAAAGUAGGAAAAAUACUAUAGUAUAGUUUCAAGGAUAAGUACUCGUACAUUAGUGAAUUAAGUAUACCCAUUAUAUUUUCUUUUGAUAAUCAGCAUUACAUUAUCUACAGUAAGGCCACAGAAUCUGGCGCCAAAGUUUAUAUUGCACAAUAGGCAAUAAGAUUUAGAAAGUACAAUGGACUAUGAUACCAAUAAUAAUAAAAUGUACAAAAUAAUGCCUUCCUACUGUUAAUAUGUCCAGCCAGUGUAAACAGAAGAAAAGGACAAAUAAAUUUUGAAAGCAUCUCUACAACUGGUUUAAGAUUGGCAUUUUGCUAAUAGAAAAGAAAUAAUUUACAUCAUUGUUUUAACUUCUGAAAUAUACAUUGAACAAUUUUAA